AUGUAUAUAUUUAUAGAUGCCUUAACCAAAUUAUCAUUAGGAGGAAGCAAGUCAGUCUCAUCCAAAUCAGUCUCAUCCAAUUCAACAUCCAUUAACUUUGGUAACAACAAUAUUACCUGGAAUGGUCUUCCACCACCACCAGCAAUUCCACCAAUGAGAGAUGUCCCAGAAGAAGAAUAA